UCCGCAGUCCAGACAGUCGAUGGCCGAGCCCACAGAAUGACAGGCCUAAGAGACGAUUGCCGAUCGCGAUCCCCGGCAGACUAGUGAUCGGAGCCCAGAUGUGAGGCGGACAUGGAGCGGCUCGUUCUGCUGGAUGUGUCCGGGCUGGAGGAGCCUCAGCGGGGUUUACGGAUCCUAGAAUGGCUCCGGUAUCUGCGGAUGGUGCUGCCCGUCACGGCCCGGGCCGAAGUGAAACAGAAUCAGAAACAGCUGGUGGAGCAGAUGACUUUGAUAAUGAUGGGCUCCCCGGGCCCCCCAGUCCGUCAGCUGCUGGCGCACAAUCUCGCCGUUGUCUACAGUGCAGGAGACACUUUCUCUGUGUAUCAGACGAUCGAUAGAUGCAAUGAACUGAUCCGCAGCAAGGACGAUUCACCCAGCCACCUCCCAAACAAGCUCGCCGCCAUAACAUGUCUUGGGUCUCUUUACCAAAAGCUGGGCCGUCUACUAGGAAGCACAGUCAAUGACACUGUCACCAACCUACUUAAGAGUCUGCGAAGUGCAGAGUCUCAGGGACGCACCGAGAUAAUGCUAUGUCUGGAAAGGAUUGUAGCUGGACUUGGAUCUUCUGCCUCAUCCUGUCAUCGAGACAUAUACAAAGCAGCCCGCUCAUGUCUGACAGAUCGAUCCAUGUCUGUGCGAUGCGCUACUGCCCAGUGUCUACUGGCUCUUCAGAAUGAAGCAUCUUUCAUGUCUGGCUCAGACCUUGAGAGUUUGGUCUCUCUCUGUUUCAAGGCCUUUGAAGGUAGCAGCUACGAUGUACGUUUGGGAGUGUCUCGCCUUUUAGGAAAGGUUCUAGCCAGGGCUGUGCAUGGAACAUCCCCUUCAAGACAAAGCACACGUAGACUGGAGGAUGCUCUUAGUCUAUUGUCUACUGGAUUCCUGCGUGGAAAUUCUGGGUUUCUUCGAGGUGGGGGAGACAUGCUGGCCGGAAAUAGCAGCACCACUCGCUACGUGAGGCUGGGAGCUACUCAGGCGUACAUUAUUUUUAUCAGCACACUCGGAGGCCAUUGGCUGUCUAGGAAUGUCCUGGUGUUAUUGACUCAUCUGUUGGACAUUGUGUCACAUCCAAAGGCUACUCAGACCCCAGUGGAGGCUGCCUGUACUAGACGUUGCAUCUCCUACAUUCUCAGAGCCACUUUAGGGGAACUACUGGGAGAGAAGGCCCAACUGGAGGCUGCCCGAGAGAUCUGUGAAGUUAUUAAGAAGCUAAUGAAGUCUGUGGAUGCUGUGCUAAGUGACAGUAACAUGGAGACACGGUUCUACACUACUGAUAUUACUGCCAGUCAGCAUGCAUUGGUCUGUGCCCUGCAAGAGCUUGGGGAUCUUAUCUUAGGACUUGGUACCACAGCGGCUCCUUUGCUGCGGGACUCAAGCUCCGGGUUCUUGGACACUGUGAUCUCUGUAGUUCUCCACCCUAGUCUAAGUGCCCGCUUAACUUCAGCUUGGUGCCUUCGCUGUGCGGUUGUCUCUCUGCCUUCUUUAGCCGCCCCUCUUUUAGAUCGUUGUACAGAACGCCUGGUAGCCCUGAAGGCCUCUCAGGAGGCGGUCAGUGGGUACAGUCUGUCAGCAGCUGGACUACUUGGCUCUAUAAGACUGUGCCCACUUGGUGUGCCACAGGGAAAAGGAAAGGUAAUAAUGAGCUUGGCUGAAGACCUUCUGUGCUCUGCAAGCCAAAACAGCCGCCUUUCUAUGCAAAGAGUACAGGCAGCCUGGAUCCUGAUCUCCUCUCUGAUGACUUUGGGCCCUGCAAUGGUCCAGCCUCAUUUGGGGCGACUUUUGCUUUUCUGGCGGAGUGUCUUCCCUCAAAACCCUAAGGACCUGGACAUGGAGCGCAGUAGAGGAGAUUCUUUCACUUGGCAAGUAACUCUAGAAGGAAGAGCAGGUGCAAUGAAUGCUAUACAGAGCUUUAUGUCACACUGUGGUGAUCUAGUGACAGAAGAUGUUUUACAGCGACUUCUUCCUCCUCUUCCAUUUGCUGUGACUUUGCUUGCCCAACUACCUAGAUUGCAGAAGCUAUAUGGAAACUCCUUAAAGGGUGGCUCUGUGUUGUACAGACAAAGACUUUACCAGUUGCUAAUUUUGAUGCCUCCAAAGGCAUAUCAAGGAAGCCUUUGUGGAAUUAUGAAGGAAUUGGUUGCAGAUCUGUCCUCUCCAGACUACACUCCUAGCGGAGCUGUAUUCUUACUGCCAUCACUUUGUCAUCCUGAUGAUUUAAUACUCUUGGGGCCCUCGCUGCAGGAAAGUGAUCACAGAGCUAUAGAAGAGCAGUUCCUCCUCAGUAAUGGAAUUCCCGGUGGUAGUUUGGAAUAUGACCCCCAUGCCAUCUACCAUAUGCCCUCGGAAGGCGAGUCUGUUCCUACCCCUCUGCCCCCAGCCUUUACAGUGAUUCAAGCUGCUGCCUCGCUCUUUGGUGUUAUGUUGUCAAAUAUGCCAGAGUCACAAAGAACUCAGAUAUUGGAACAGUUAGUUGAGUCUAUCAAGCAGACAAAGGUCUCCCGUCAGCAGAGCGUCCAGUUAUCUGCCUUGUCUGCUUUGUGCUACUUCCUAAAACACUUGGCUUCCAACCACAUUAAUUUAGGGCCAGAGGAAACCCGGAAACCAUGUCUGUCCCUGAUUGUAGGAGCGCUGGAAAGCAGAAACCCCUGGCUGCGCUGUGCUGCGGUGGAGUGCAUGGCCAGGCUGGCCCAUGUAGUAUCUGAACCUGCAUACACAUCUUAUCUAGCCCAAGCCAGCUUUGACAAGUUGAAGGUAGCGAGAGAUGUGGUGUCCCGGACCGGUCACGCCUUAGCUUUAGGGUCUUUGCACAGGUAUCUAGGAGGGAUUGGUUCUACCCAACAUUUAGCGUCUUGUGUUGCUGUCUUGCAUUCAUUGUCUCAAGACACUACAUCACCUGAAGUUCAAACCUGGGCCCUGCACUCCCUUUCCAUAAUCAUUGACUCCUCUGGACCACUGUAUUAUGUCCAUAUAGAGCCGACACUGACACUCCUUUUGACUGCCCUGCUUAGCACUCCUCCGUCGCAUGCAGAGGUCCAUCGCAGUUUAGGCCGCUGUCUGAGCGCUCUUUUGAACACACUUGGACCAGAACUCCAAGGCGGCGGAGAAUUGGUGGCAUCACAAAGGAACUACUGCUUGCUGGCUUGCUCUGUGAUGCAGGAGAAUCCAGACUGCUUGGUCCAGGCCCAGGGCAUCUCCUGUUUACAGCAGCUUCACAUGUUUGCCCCUAAACACGUCAACUUAUCCAGUUUGGUUCCUACCCUGUGUGAAGUCUUGCUGGAUAAUUCUUUGUUGGUUCACUUGUGUAGUUCUCAUCUGAUCUUACGCCGGGCAGUGUUAGCGUGUCUGAGGCAGCUCGCUCAACGAGAGGCAGCGGAGGUGUCUGAACAUGCCAUGACUAUGGCCAAAGAUGGGCAAGAGGAUUUGAAAAUGGAUGUGAAUAUGAGAGAACUUGGCUUAGAAGGAGUUUUGCUGAGCCUUUUGGACAGAGAAAACGACCCGCAACUGCGUCAAGAUGUGAAAGAAACCCUCCUUCAUAUGCAGAGCUGUACAGGACUCGCGCGUCUUUCUUUCUGGCUGCGACUGCACAAAGAUAUUCUCUCCGCUUCCGCUGAUUUUGCAGCUGUGGCCUCAGUGGAUACUACUCAAGAAGAAGACUGCGAGCAAGCCUGCUCUGACUCUGUGCUAACCUCGAGAAAAGAGGAGUCCUCCACCCUGUCUGUUAGUCCACGCUGGCAUACCAGAGUGUUUUCUAUGGAAUGUGUUAGUAUGCUAGUGUCACAGUGCGUUGGGGAAGGAGGUGCCCACUUCGACAUGGCUGAGGCCCAGGAGAUGAAGCACAAAGAACCACAUAGAGAUUUCCUGGUUCUGCAUCUGCAAGACUUGGUCCGCAUGUCCUUCAUGGCUGCCACAGAUCAUAGUGACCAACUCCGUCUGGUUGGGCUCCAAGCGCUACUACUGGUUAUACAACGAUUCUCCUCUGUGCCGGAACCUGAAUUUCCUGGUCAUGUUAUCCUAGAGCAAUACCAAGCCAAUGUAGUGGCUGCUGUAAGACCAGCUUUCAACUCAGAUACUCAUCCGGAUGUGACUGCAAGGGCCUGCCAGGUUAGCAGUGCAUGGCUGGCCAGUGGAGUUGUGAAGGACCCAUCAGACUUGCUCCGAGUUCAGCAGCUGCUCCUUUCAUCUCUAAGUAAAGUGCAGAUGAUGAAAGAAACCUUAAGUCUAUACAAUGAAGGCACCUCCACCAUGGAGACGCUGGCUGUGCUGAAGGCCUGGGCUGAAGUCUAUAUCGCAGCAGUGGAAAGAACAGGACCUGAGGGUGGAGCUGGUUGUAAUUCUGGAGAUAGUCUCCUUUCCUUGGUACAAGCUGAUAUUUCCACUUUGAGCAAGUUGUGGCUGUUGGCUUUACAAGAUCAUGCGUUGCUUACCCUGCCUCCUGAGUGCAGCCAUCAGCUUUCUUCACCCGGCGGCGCAUUCUACACUUCUGAAACCAGUGAUGCAGCCAGACCACACUACCUUACCUCCUGGGCUCCCAUCCUUCAUGCUACCUCUCUUUGGCUUAGCAACGCUGGCUUCCUACUCACAGACCCUGAUGAAGCUGGCAGCCGACUUUCCCGUCCAGUCACUCCUACUAGUAUGGGACAGGAGCGCAGCAACAGGGAACCCACCAAGUCUCCAGAAGAUCUGAACUCCGAGAGAUUUCACUUAAUUCUUGGAAUUUGUGUAGAAUUUCUCUGUUGUCUCCCUGUGGAUGCCCCUCUGGAGAGAAUAGCUGCUUGUCUGCGGGCUAUGAAGGCAUUACUUAGAGGUGACUGGCCUAGGGCACAUGUAGGGGCUGAUCAGGAACUCGCUAUUGAGUUGAUUUCUGUUUUGCACCGAUUGCUGUUAAUGCGCGAGUCCUCAGAAAUACAGCUGUUGGCAUUGGAAGUUGGGAAACAGAUCUUGAAUGCAGUUCAAGAACAUGUACAAGAGAGGAGGAGGAGCGCAGAAGUGGAUGAUGGAGCUGAGGAAAAGGAAACCUUGCCAGAGUUUGGUGAAGGACAUGAUACUGGUGGCUUGGUGGCUGGGCGUUCCCUAGUACUUGCUGCCUUGGAGUUCUGCCUUUGUAUCCUCAUCAGACAAUUACCCCAGCUCAGUCCUCGCCUCUCAGGGAAUAUUACUGGAAGACAUGCAACAAAAAACCCUCUGACAGAUGAGUCAAGCCUUCUCAUUUCUUCCUCUCUAAGCAUUCUAGCUGAGCUGCCAUCCCUCUGUUCUCCAGAAGGCAGUGUGUCAAUCCUCCCGACCCUGCUGUACCUAGUGGUAGGUGUUCUGCAACACACAGCUGAAAAAAACCCUGAUGGGCGGCUACACCUAACAGUAACCUCUGCUUUGCAAGCCUUAAAAGCUAUUGUGUCCUCGCCAAUGUCUCGGGUAGAGAAAAGCAGAGCUUCUUGGAACAGUCUACUGCACAGUUCUGCAUCCUCCAUGCUUCAGUCAUGGGAUUCAGAUGAAGAAAAGGACAGAAUAGCUCUGCUGACUGCUGUAACAAUAUACCUCCUGUCCGCUAAUCCAGAGGUGAUGUCUGACCCUGCACUACAGAAUGCCUGUCUACAGAGAUUUCAUUAUAGCACUGACAGCAAGGACCCUAAUGAGCAGUUAAAAUGCUACCGGCUGAUCUUGUCCAUUUUUCAACAUCCGGCUCAUGAAGUUGUUGCUCCAUAUAUUCGUGACUUGGCGCCUCGUGUCGUUCGUCACCUAAGUCAUGCUGAUAGCAGAAAACCUCAAAGCCAGGCCGAGCUAUUAGUCCUGCAGGAAGGUGUGCGGCUGCUGCAGGUUCUUAUCACUGCCAGCGAGGAGCAAAACCGCCCUCCCAUUGUGUCUAUGGUGUUCCAUCUAAUCAUUUCCUUCCUUUUGGAUGAAAAUACUCUCUGUUCUGCUCCUCCAUUCUCCCGAGCUCUUCACGACUUUGGCCUGCAAAGCCUUACACAGUUUGGCGCCAGCCAUCCUGAUCAGUUUCGCCACCUGAUGGGUUCUUCCACUGCACUACGUUCUCGCCUAGAAGCCGCUCUUCGGGGCAAUCAAGAAAGCCUCAAGCCUAAACCUCGAAUGGUCAGGGGAGGGGGGCAAGGUUCCCCAAGCAUUCAGCUUAAGACAAACUUUCUGUGAAAUCUUGCUUCCUUAAAGCAACACUACUUCAUUCCUUGCAGCCUUAAUGCUUGCUCACAGCUUUUACAAAUAAUAUCAGAAGUGCCUGUGAUAUAGAGGAGAUACGCAGGCCUUUCUGGUAAUGAAAGGAAUGAAGGUUUGCCUGUACACGACAUGAUAUGUCUUAAUAAUCUGAUGCCUUAAAAACGUAAUUACUUAAUUGUAUUAUUGCAACACAUCCACUGACUCGGUGUUGUCACCUUGAUACAUUAAAUAGGAUCUUUACCUCCUAAAAAUGCACAGACAAGCUCAAUACUAACAGCGAAUGUACGAGAAUCCUAGAAGUGCACUGAGAGCCGUACAAGACGUCUUGUCACAAAAAUGUAUAAUUCUCCAUGUAAUCUGAAGUUAUCUGUCCUCUUUGAAUUUAGCAGCACUUUUACAAAUGACCUAUAUAGAAGGUGGAUAGUGCGAUGGCGCUGAAGAAAACUCUACAAAAUUUCUGUUUUGCACUGCUGUACCGAAUACUGUGUUUUGGUUUUAUUUGCCGGACUACUACUUAUACAAUUUAUUACUGCACUACUUUUUAUAAUUGUCUUUCUAUUUUCAGUUUUUCCCUGUACUACGUUCCUUAGUGAACUAGAACCGCAAAGCCUUCAGUCCUGAAACAGCCAUGUUGAAGUACGGUUGCAUUAGGGAUAUUAUGAGGUUUGUGGUUGACCUUGCAGGCUGUGAUAGACCCUUUGAUCUAACAUUGUAUGUUACUAACUAGCUUAAGGCUAGCUGAAUUUUGCUUUAAAGAAAGUCUUACCUGUAUAUACUUGAGUAUAAGCCGUCCCGAAUAUAAGCCCCAAAAACCCAGGAAAAGUUAUUGACUCGACUAUAAGCCUAAGGUGGGAAAUACAUCAUCCCCCCCAUGUCAUCAUCCAGACCCCCGUCAUUAAUACCCCCAUCAUUAUCACCCCUGUCAUCCUCACCCUGUCAUCAUCCCCCUCGUCAUCAUCCCCCCCCCCCUUCAUCAUCACCGCCUGUCAAUCCCUUC